AUGUCUGCUGAAGUUGCCUCUAACCCCCAGGCUGAGGGCCCUAACGGCUCUGCCGACACUCCCUCCCAGAAUGGCACCGCUCCCAUCAAUACCAGCGUUCAAGCCGAUGGCGCAGGCGACAGCGGUGACCAGACACCUCUGUCUGCCAACCCCAAUGCGGCUCACUCUGCCUCUCUCUACGUCGGCGAACUCGAUCCGUCCGUCACCGAGGCCAUGCUGUUCGAACUCUUCUCUUCCAUUGGUCAGGUCGCCUCUAUCCGUGUCUGCCGCGAUGCAGUCACCCGUCGCUCGCUCGGCUAUGCCUAUGUCAACUACAACAACACCGCUGAUGGAGAGCGUGCUCUCGAAGAUCUGAACUACACCAGCAUCAAGGGCAGACCUUGCCGUAUCAUGUGGUCGCAGCGCGAUCCUGCUCUCCGUAAGACCGGCCAAGGCAACGUCUUCAUCAAGAAUCUCGAUAACGCUAUCGACAACAAGGCUUUGCAUGACACUUUCUCCCAGUUCGGCAAUAUUCUUAGUUGCAAGGUUGCGCAAGAUGAGAUGGGCAACUCAAAGGGCUACGGCUUCGUCCACUAUGAGACCGGUGAGGCUGCGAACAACGCCAUCAAAUCUGUCAAUGGCAUGUUGCUCAAUGACAAGAAGGUCUUUGUCGGUCAUCACAUCCCCAAGCGCGAUCGCAUCAACAAGUUCGAAGAGAUGAAGGCCAACUUCACCAAUGUCUACAUCAAGAACAUUGACGAGUCGAUCACUGAUGAGCAAUUCCAGAAGCUCUUCGAGGAGUAUGGAGAUGUCAUCUCCGCCAGUAUCACUCGCGAUGAGUCAGGCAAGAGUCGUGGCUUCGGUUUCGUCAAUUACACCAGUCACGAGUCAGCCAACAAGGCUGUUGAGGAGCUCAAUGACAAGGACUUCCACGGCAAGAACCUCUACGUUGGUCGUGCCCAGAAAAAGCACGAGCGCGAGGAGGAGCUGCGCAAGCAAUACGAGCAGCAACGUUUGGAAAAGGUUGCCAAAUACCAGGGCGUCAACCUCUACAUCAAGAAUUUGGCCGAUGAAGUCGACGAUGAAGAGCUACGCGAACUGUUCACCCCCUUCGGUACCAUCACCUCAGCCAAGGUCAUGCGCGAUACCACCGACCGUGACGUUGAAGACGAUAAGGACAAAGAGAACGAUAAGGAGGAGGUUGAGAAGCCUGCCGAGGAGACCAAGUCGGCUUCCGAUGAGGAGAAGAAGGACAUCAAGGAGGAAGACACCAAGAAAGACAUCAAGGAGAUCAAGAAGGACGGCAAGACCAUCCAACGCACCUUUGGCAAGUCGAGGGGCUUUGGCUUCGUCUGCUUCAGCAACCCUGAUGAGGCUUCCAAGGCUGUCUCCGAGAUGAAUACCAAGAUGAUCCGGGGCAAGCCCCUCUACGUUGCCUUGGCCCAGCGCAAGGAUGUGCGAAAGAACCAGCUUGAGGCUAGCAUCCAGGCUCGCAAUACUCUUCGUCAACAGCAACAGGCUGCAGCUGCUGGCAUGCCUCAGGGCUACAUGCAAGCUCCUGUCUUCUAUGGUCCUGGUGGUCAGUUCAUGCCUGGUCCCGGCGGUCAGCGCGGAAUGCCUUUCGCUGCUCAGCCUGGCAUGAUGAUGCCCAUGCAGGGCGGCCGUGGUCAGUUCCCCGGUGGCUUCCCUCAACAGGGCGGCCGUGGCAUGCCUCAAGGCGGUCAGAUGCCGCAGUUUGGCAUGCCUGGUCAGAUGCCGUUCAUGCAAAACCCCGCGGCCAUGGCCAACGGCAUGUACAACCCGCAAGCACUUGCUCAAAUGGCUCAGAUGCAGCAGCAGGGCGGUCGUGGUCAGGGUCGCGGCCAGAUGGGUGGUCCACAAGGUAUGCCGCUUAUGCAAAGUAUGCAGGGCACUGGCCGUCAACAAUUCCCUCAAGGUGGCCGUGGUAACAUGGGCGGAAUGCCGCCAAUGGGUGGUCGUGGUGGUCCUCAGGGCCGUGGUCAGCCUGGUCGUGAGGAUGCCGCUGCUCCAGGUCAGCUAACUGGCCUUGGCUCGAUGCCCCCUCAGCAACAGAAGCAGAUGCUUGGUGAGGCCAUCUAUCCCAAGAUCCAAGCCAUCCAGCCCGAGCUUGCUGGCAAAAUCACUGGUAUGCUUCUGGAGAUGGACAACUCCGAGCUUGUCUCCCUUGUCGACGACGAUGUCGCUCUUCGCAACAAGGUCGACGAAGCCAUGGCUGUGUAUGAUGCUUACAUGAAGGAGCGUGGUCCCAAGGACGGUGCCAAUGGCACUGGUGAGGAGGCUGGUGCUGAGGCUGCGGCUGCUUGA